AUGGCAGACGAACGCACGCUCCAGGACGCAUUUGCGCUGUUCGACAAGGCGGCCACAGGCAAGGUGUCGGCAGGGUCGUUGGGCGACCUGCUACGGGCAGUGGGCCAGAACCCGUCGUUGAAGGAGAUCUCAGACCUGCAGGACACGCUGGCUGGCAACGAGGUGGACUACGACACGUUCAAGAAGAUGGUGAACAGAGAGGGCGGGUUCAAGCAGCUGGGCAAGCCGGAGGACUACAUCAAGGCGUUCCAGAUCUUCGACAAAAACCUCACCGGGUUCAUCGGGGUCGGGGAGCUCAAGUACAUCCUCACCACGAUCGGCGAAAAGCUGUCCGGGGACGAGGUGGACGAGCUGUUGAAGAACGUGACCAUCACGGACGAGAACUCGGUGGACUACGCCGAGUUUGUCAAGAGCAUCCUCUCGCAGUAA